AUGAAACUUAUCAUCGGCUUAGGCAAUCCGGGAAAAGAAUUCGAAAAUACUCGCCAUAAUUUGGGCUUUGUAGUUAUUGACCAGUUAGCCAAUCAAUUAAAAGUAGAAUUAAACAAAAAAAAAUUUAAUGGUUUAUAUUUUCAAGGAACAGAGUAUAUUCUCUUGAAACCUCAAAACUAUAUGAAUAAUUCUGGGGAAUGCAUUAUAGAAUUUUUAAAAUAUUUUCGUAUUCCUUUGGAUAAUUUAUUGGUAAUCUAUGAUGAUAUUGCCUUGGUAUUAGGAAAAUUUCGUUAUCGUCAGCAAGGAUCAGACGGCGGACAUAAUGGAAUAAAAAACAUUAUUGAAAAGUUAGGGAGUAAAAAUUUUGGACGUUUACGGGUCGGAGUUGGUUAUGAUAGAAAUUGUUCUCUUGCUGAUUUGUUAGAACUAAUUAAUGGGAGAGGUAUUAUCGAGUUGGCCAGUUAUUAUUCUGAUUGGGAACAAAGAAAACAAAUCCAAGAAAAAUGCUUAGUUGUAAGUUCUAUUGGUAGCAAAGGAGAGAUUGAAGAACAUUUUUUUAAUGGUCUACCUUAUUUAUAUGAAAAACUUAGAGAGAAUCCAAAUCUUCGGGAAGAGAUAAGAAUGGAAUAUUAUCACUGGAUAAGGACUUUUUUGGAUAGAGAAGAUGAAAUUACUACUGAAAUUUACAGUUUUGGUGGGGCUAAAAAAGAAUUCGUUCUUAUUCAUCGAAGUGCUCGUGAAGAUGAUUUCGACUGGGAAGGAAGACUUAAUUUAAAUGAAAAUUUAAUCUAUCGUUUAGAAAGUUUUAAUGCUCACCAAAGAUUUGAAAUAAAAAAAGCCUUAAAUAUUUCUGCCGAUUACUUAACUGAUGAUGAAAAAGAGUUUUACCUUCGUGAACAAAAACAUUUAGCAUUCUUAAUAAAGCAAAGAAGUGAAACUAGAAAUAAGAUUCCUGGAAUUAUUGAAGAAGUUAUUAGAUUUGAAACUUGA